CAACACCGGAGCUUUCUAUCGUGACCUUCCCGUUGCACUCGUCUCUGCUCAACGCCGAUCGCCGUUCGCGCACUUCGAUUCUUCGCCUUGUCGCGCCCAUUGCUCCAUGUGGUUUCGUCCCCGGAACCGCCAUGUCCUCCGGAGCAGAGGGUGCGGAGUCCCCCAGGACCUCGCCCACCAGCCCCAAUGAGCAGCUCGCCCCAGCGCCAAACCCCGGUUUCGUCACCCCGGCUUCCUACCUGCGGCCCCUUGCGCAGGCAAAACAAUCCGCCGCUCCCAAAACAUUGACGCCAAUCGAUAAAGAGCAGAUCCAGGCUUUGCGCGCCAUCAGAGCUUUCCUCAAAGUUCGCACGAGCUAUGACGUCCUCCCUGUCAGUUUCCGUCUGAUCAUCUUUGACACUGCCUUGCUUGUCAAGAAGAGCCUCAACAUUCUUAUCCAAAACGGCAUCGUUUCCGCACCGCUAUGGGACUCCAAGACCUCCACCUUCGCUGGCCUGCUCACAACCUCCGAUUACAUCAAUGUCAUCCAAUACUAUUGGCACAAUCCCGAUGCUCUCGCGCAAGUCGACCAGUUCCGCUUGAACAACCUGCGAGAUAUCGAAAAAGCGCUUGGCGUUACACCCAUCGAGACCGUCUCCAUUCACCCCGAGAAGCCCCUUUACGAUGCUUGCCGUCGGAUGCUCGAAUCGCGAGCAAGGCGUAUACCCCUUGUGGAUAUCGACGAUGAGACACACCGGCACAUGGUAGUCAGCGUUGUUACACAAUACCGCAUCCUCAAAUUUAUUGCGGUCAAUGUCAAAGAGACGGAGAAUCUGCGCAAACCAUUGAAGGAUAUUAACGUUGGAUCCUAUGAGGGCCUGGCCACGGCAAACAUGGAUACUCCAGUCAUGGAUGUCAUCCAUAUGCUGGUAAGGAAGAGCAUCUCGAGCGUACCAAUUCUGGACAGGGACGGCGUUGUUAUAAACGUUUUCGAAGCUGUCGACGUCAUUACUCUGAUUAAAGGUGGUGUAUAUGAUGAUCUGAAUCUCAGUGUUGGUGAGGCGUUGCUCAAGCGCAGUGAUGACUUUGCUGGUAUCUACACCUGCUCUAUGUUUGAUCGCCUUGACACAAUUUUCGACACUAUCCGCAAGUCGCGCGUCCAUCGCUUAGUCGUCAUCGACGAGAACAGCCGCCUAAAGGGCGUCCUGACGCUUAGCGACAUUCUAGAGUACAUCCUUUUGGAGGGCGUUGGCGAUGAGGAAACCGCAUUAUGACAACAUCCUCGUUGACGACCAUUGAAAGCACAACCCGCGCCCGCCGCGUUGAACAUCUUUAACGCUACAGCCAUUGGUGCAGAGCUUACCCUUCUUUGUCUGAUACAUUCGCAGAGCGCUUUAACAAGAGCUCCUCUGCUACAACCCCUAUUAGAACUCUUUGGGAGUACUCUUCAUAAUUUGGAGCACGGCGGCGUUCUAGGGGCAUACGGAUAUCUGGUGGUAUCGGCACCUAGGGGAAAAGAGCGGGCGUUCGAUGUUCCCUGAGCGAAGUGUGUUUGGUUCUGCUUUCUUCAACUUCGGCUAGCCCUUACUGCUGUUAAUACUAACUUUUGCUGCUCAACCCCUUUCGGUACUAUGUAUAGGCCCCUGAUUCUGACUGAUUUAGAAUGAGUUUCCUUAGCUAACUUAGCCAAACUUGCAGCAGGAUUGCAAUUCCAUCCCUUGUAUUAGAGAU